GUCGUUGAGGCAGAGCUUUGAGUCAACGUUACCCGACUCCCUCUUGACUGGAAAUAUCUCCCGCUCUCCCGCGGCUCAUAGCCAUCCGACUCCUCCCCUGCAAUCGGAGCAUCGAGCUGAAGAGAACCUCCGAUGAGCCUGUUCAUCAGUAGCUUCUCCGGCCACGGCCUCCGCUCCUGCAGAAUUUCCAGCCGCAAGCACGAUUUCAGCACCUCUCACGAAGGGGGGCGGAAGUUGCCAUCGAAAAUGAUGAAGAGGAGCUCCUCUGGUGGGAAUCUUCCCCAACACAGUGAAUCGAUUUCGGCAACUUUAAGUCAUGGAAAAUUUGGAAAGGAGACGUUUUUGGCUGCUAUUACAGCAGCAAAUUUGGUUCCAGUAGAUGUGGCAAAGGCAAUCAGCAUCGAGAAUGUUCAGGAACUUGCUGCUUCUAUUUACACCGUAGCUGAUGGAAGCCCAGGAGAUUGGUUUGGUGGAAUCCUUUAUUCAGCUGGACAACAGGCCAAUGAAGCUGUCCAGAGUCAGCUGUCAGCUCUUAGUUUUACUAGUCUGGCUGUUAUUUUUGGGGCGGGGCUUGUGACUAGCCUUUCUCCAUGUACUCUGAGUGUAUUGCCACUGACCCUUGGUUAUAUUGGAGCUUUUGGUUCUGGGAAAAGCCGAGCAGAGAUCAUUGGAGAUUCAAUUGCGUUUGCGUUGGGUUUAGCUACCACACUAGCACUUCUAGGCAUUGCUGCUUCCUUUGCUGGAAAAGCUUAUGGUCAGAUAGGUCAGGGAUUACCUUUGGUUGCUUCUGCACUUGCUGUUGUCAUGGGUCUAAAUCUCCUUGAGAUAGUCGAAUUGCAGCUUCCCUCAUUUUUUGACAGUUUUGAUCCUCGUGCUGCCGCUGCUAAUUUCCCAUCAAGUGUGCAAGCGUAUUUAGCAGGGCUUACAUUUGCAUUGGCAGCCUCUCCCUGCAGUACACCCGUUCUGGCCACUCUGCUGGGAUAUGUAGCAGCAUCUAAGGAUCCAGUAAUCGGAGGAAGCCUGCUUCUAACAUACACUACUGGAUAUGUUGCACCGCUUCUCCUCGCUGCUUCCUUUGCUGGGGCCUUGCAGAGCCUGCUUUCAUUCCGCAAGUUCUCGGCAUGGAUCAACCCAGUGAGCGGGGCCCUUCUGUUAGGAGGGGGCAUCUAUACGUUUCUUGAUCGGCUGUUCCCACCUACAACAAUGGCAAUGUAGAGAAUUCUACAGGUCUCAGCGGUGUACAAUUUGCCCUCCAUAGAACAGCGGGAUUGAAAACAUCGGAAAAAAAUAGAUAUCAUUAAUGGCGCAUAGCGAUGAUCUGUUGUAUAGUUUUGUGUUGGCAUUGAAAUUACAUUGAAAGCAAGGGGCAGUGUUACAGUACAUUCACUUGUAUAAAGUCGAAAUGUGUGCAGAUUUUUCUACA